UAGAGAGAAUAACACUUGGAGCAUGCUUAUUUGAUAACAUACUUUUGAAUUUUUUAUAAGCCUAAACAUAUGACAAAACGAUUCGUAGGAAACCGUCAUUGUUCCUGGUUGUGUGUUAGUGAUAUAUGAGAAAGUAAGAAGUAAUUCCAGGAACAUCAGCUCAAUCAAUAGCUCAAUUAAGCUCGGAAUGGUAACGCGAAGAUCUAUCAGUCCAAAUUGUAGAUUUAACGGAACUUUUAUUAUCGUUGGAUAUGGAGAUUCUUGACAGUUGACUCACCUAUAGCUGGCGAAUGUCAAAUAGUUUUAUCUGUAGCGUGAUUAAAUAUUUAUCAUUACACCAAACAUCAAGGAAUAAAACGUUUGAUCAGCCGCCGCCGACAAAGUUCCUCGAUACGUGUUGCUGCAGUUUAUAAGACAACAUGAAGUUCGCAGAACAUCUAUCUGCUCAUAUAACGCCUGAAUGGCGUAAGCAAUAUAUUAGCUAUGAGGAGAUGAAAGCAAUGCUUUACACAGCAGUGGAAGAAGCACCAUCGGCUGAAAGUGUGGAACCAGAAGUGAUAUCCCGUCAUUUUGCUUCUUUUGAUGAAGUUUUUUUCACAUUUUGUGAUCGUGAAUUAAAAAAGAUCAAUACCUUUUAUUCUGAAAAAUUAGCAGAAGCUACACGCAAAUAUGCAGCUCUGCAAAGUGAAUUGAAAACUGCAUUAGAGCAACAAGGCAGUGGAAAGAACAAAGGGAAAAUAAACACAAAACCGCUUUUACCCACUAGAAAACUAAGAGAGCUAAAACUUGCGUUUUCUGAGUUCUACCUUUCUCUGAUCCUACUUCAGAAUUAUCAAAACCUGAAUCACACUGGAUUCCGCAAAAUUCUCAAGAAACAUGAUAAGUUACUGUCAGUUGAUGCUGGUUCAAAAUGGAGAGUCGAGUGCGUGGAGAUUUCACACUUUUAUACCUCCAAAGACAUUGAUAAACUGAUACAGGAGACCGAGACUACAGUGACAAACGAUUUGGAAGGUGGAGACCGUCAGCGUGCCAUGAAGCGUCUUCGAGUGCCACCACUUGGUGAACACCAAAGUCCAUGGACCACAUUCAAAGUCGGCUUGUUCUCUGGUAGUUUUAUUGUUCUGGCAGUUGCAGUUGUCCUUUCAGCGAUCUUCCACGAUGGCGGAGAAAACCUGAAAAUCGCAUUUAGACUGUACCGCGGCCCCUUGCUUAUCAUCGAAUUUUUAUUUCUUAUUGGAGUCAAUGUUUACGGCUGGAGAUCUUCCGGUGUGAAUCACGUCUUAAUAUUCGAACUGGAUCCACGAAAUCAUCUAUCUGAGCAGCAUCUCAUGGAAUUAGCUGCUGUCCUUGGAGUCAUUUGGACACUUAGUCUGUUGAGUUUUUUGUAUAGCGCCAGUUUGAGCAUACCGCCUUACGUAAAUCCGUUAGUACUUGUCUGUAUAAUGGUGGUCUUCUUGAUAAACCCACUCAAGAUAUUUCGCCACGAAGCUCGUUUAUGGCUGUUGAAGAUCAUAAUACGCGUCGUGAUAUCACCAUUUGCAUAUGUCAAUUUCGCCGAUUUCUGGUUAGCCGAUCAAUUCAACAGUCUGGCAACAGCAUUUGUCGAUUUGUAUUUUCUGAUAUGCUUUUACAUAAUGAACGGUGAUUGGCACAUGCAACAUGACAGUACAGAAUGUACGUCUGGUACGUGUUCUAUUAUUAUUAGGUCGUUUGUUAAUUGCCUGCCGGCGUGGUUUCGCUUCGCGCAAUGUGUCCGUCGUUAUCGAGACUCGAAAGAGGCGUUUCCGCAUUUGGUGAAUGCUGGAAAGUACGCAACGACUUUCUUGGUGGUCGUAACUAACACUUUAUCUAAUUAUUAUGCAGCAUCAUAUACCAGUCGUUGGGAAAAUGGCUGGUUGUGGUCGUGGUUGUUUAGUUGUCUGUUAAAUUCUAUAUAUUCGUACACAUGGGAUCUUAAGAUGGACUGGGGCCUUUUAGAUAAAAAAGCCGUUGAAAAUCGCUUUCUGCGAGAAGAGAUGGUUUACUCGGCAGCUGGAUUUUAUUACUUCGCUAUAAUAGAAGAUUUUAUACUGCGAUUUAUCUGGAUUGUCAGUUUCAUACUCGUCGAAUGGAAAUACGUCUCUAGUGACUUAAUGACUUCCAUAGUAGCGCCUCUUGAGGUUUUCAGGCGAUUCGUAUGGAACUUUUUCCGACUGGAGAACGAGCAUUUGAAUAAUUGUGGCAAAUUUCGAGCUGUGCGCGAUAUCUCGAUAGCCCCGAUAGAAAGUUCCGAUCAAACGCAGAUUCUACGUAUGAUGGACGAGGAGGACGGGGUAACUAACAGAGGCAAGCGUAAGGGCGGCGGUAAGAAGCAGGGUAAUACGAAGGAGGAGAGGCGAAUGCUACUUAAGGAUGAAACCGUAGACCUCGAGGUGUCGAAUGUCAGUUUGAUGUAGCUCAAGAUUUAUACAAUAUUCCCUUAAAUUUGCUGCAACACGUUGUGAGUAUUUUGAAACAUAGUACUUAGAAACGGGGAGUGAUAAUUCCGCGCGAUUUUGCAAAUGAUAUGCACUUCAUUUCGUUAGAAUAUAGAUAAUCGUCAGAAUGUCAGCUGAAGAUCGUAGAUUCGGAACUGUUACAGUGCCUUUUAUGUUAUAUUCUUACAUAAAACACUUUGAGAUGUAUUGUAAUUAUGGCUUUAGCCUAUGAGGUGUCUCAUAUUUGAGACAUCUAAAGUUUAACAUGAAAACUCCAAGUAAGUGAUUGGUAGUGCCGCGACGUUUUCACUGCGUCGUGCUUGAUCUAUCGUUAAUCUAUCAUUAUUUCGUGUACUUGGCGUCGCCGCACUAUCGCGCCACUUGAUAUUUGAUAUUGAUCACAGUGCGAUAUUGAUACAGUUAUUCUACUGUUUUCGAGUGCAGUAGAAUUCGAACUGAUUCGAACGACAAAUGCAUGUUAGUUAAGUGUUCACUUAAUUAACGCAUGACAUUUGACAGUCAACUCGUAAAUGCAACAAGUUCCAAGCACUGACCUAAAACAUUUUAUAGUUUGCACUGAGUCUUCCAGCAUAAGAAAUAGCAAAUAGUAGUUUGGAUAACAGCUUUACGAAAUUUGUAGGCUCCGGAUCUAUAUAGUUGCAUAGUGAGAUGUAAUAUAUAUAUAUAUAUAUAUGUAUAUAUACAUUACGAAUAUAUAUACAUUAUAUAUAUAUAUACGAAUAUAUAUACAUUAUUACAUAAUGUGUGUGUUUCGCAUGCUGUGAGAGCUUUAUGAAUUGUGCCGUUAUUGACAAAUAGCUGAAUGAAAAUGUUGCAUUGUCUGCUGUAAUAAUGAUCUUUUUAGCUGUAUCAUCACCAAAUUUAUUCUAAAAGACAAAAACGCCGUUAUUUAAAUUGUUGUAGAUCAGUAUACUGCAUAUAAAUACACGUAUAUGAACUAUACGUAUAUUGUAUAAAUGGAAUAUUUACGCAACAUAGUGUCUAACGUUAUCAUGCUCAUAACGUAAGUGAUAUUAAACAUAUACCAAUACUAGAGGCUGUUAUAAAAUACUUUUUUACACAUACGGUCGCGGAAAUAAUAAUAAGUGCCCGUUUUUUUGCAAUUUUCGGAACGCAUCCCGACUCGAUAAAAAUGAGAGUCACUGC